GGGGACAUGGCCGCUGUGGUGGCUUGUGCUGGAGGGCAGCUGCGGGGCUUGCUGGGUGGCCCUGCGGCAGCUGCUCUGUGUCUGGAGAGGGAUCUCAGGGCUGUGCUGACAAAGCAAGCCUUCCGCCUUCCUCCCCCUCUUCCCGGGCCGGGCCUGUCGCGGCGGUGGUGACGCAAAGAGGACGUGCUGCGCCGCCACCGCCGCCGUCCUGGAGGCCUCAGCGGGGUAGCCUUGGGAGAGGCACUGGUGGCAGGUCCUCGCCAGGGCCCGGUGUCCUUGGCUCGGCGCGGUGUCCUGUCGAUGGUUGGGCGAGGGGGUGUGAGGAGCCGGCACCCUGCCUUUGGCAUCCUGGUUGUUACUUUCUGCAUUGAAGCAAUACUGGGGCAAAAAUUGUGUCCUAAGGAGAUGGAAAACUACGUGGCAUCUAUGGUGCUGAGUGCACUUGGAGACACGCUGGGCUAUUACAAUGGGAAAUGGGAGUUCCUGCAGCAUGGCCCAACCAUCCACAAGGAGCUGGCGGAGAUGGGGGGACUCAGCAACAUCAGCAUCAAAGGCUGGAAAGUCAGCGAUGACACAGUGAUGCACCUGGCCACAGCCGAAGCGCUGGUAGCUGCUGGGAAAAAUCCACGUUUAGAGCAUCUCUAUUCCCUGAUUGCAAAGAACUACAAGGAGUGCAUGAAUGACAUGAAAGGCCGAGCUCCAGGUGCCAUGUGUCAGAAAAAUGCUCUGAAGCUGGAGCCGGGGAAGCCGGAUGGCUGGAGGAUCCCCUUCAGCCCCAAAGGCGGAGGCUGCGGGGCUGCCAUGCGCUCCAUGUGCAUCGGCCUGCGCUUCCACCGCAGCGACGAGCUGGACACCCUGGUGCAAGUCAGCAUCGAGAGCGGCCGGAUGACCCACCACCAUCCCACCGGCUACCUGGGGUCCCUGGCCUCGGCCCUCUUCACGGCUUUCGCGGUGAACGGCGUGCCCCCCCCGGCCUGGGGCAAGAGGCUGCUGGAGGUGCUGCCGCACGCCAAGGCCUACGUGCGGGACGCCGGCUUCUUUGUGGAGGAGAACAUGGGGCAAUGGUAUUACUUCGAAGAGCAAUGGAAAAAAUACCUGGCGGAGAGAGGCAUCUUGGAUGGGGUCUCGCCGCCCACCUUCCCCUCCAAGUACGGCGUGGAAGAGAGGGACUCCUUCUACACCUCCCUCAGCUACGACGGCUGGGCGGGCAGCAGCGGGCACGACGCCCCCAUGAUCGCCUACGACGCGCUGCUGGGUGCGGGGGACUCCUGGACAGAGCUGGCCCACCGGGCCUUCUUCCACGCGGGAGACAGCGACUCCACUGCCGCCAUUGCGGCCUGCUGGUGGGGGGCCAUGCACGGCUUUCGGGGGGUCGCCGCCUCCCUCUAUGCCCCUCUGGAGUACAGGGAACGCCUGGAGAAGGUGGGCAAGGAGUUGUACCACCUCACCUAGGUGGGGGUGGCAGGACCACCCCCCCGGGAAGCAUGCUUACGCCACCUGCUGCCUUUUGCUUAACGUACGUGAACGUAAACCUGUGUGAGGCUCGCGUUUUCUGCUUGGGUGUGCUGGCGUGUGGCAGGGAGGCCACCGUGGGGUUUGGGAGUGUUGUGGGGGGAGCAUCUGUAGCAUUAAAAGCUCUCCUUUGCACAGUGAUUAUAGCAGAUGCAGCCCAAGACAACCUGCUAGGAGAGAGGGAGGGAGCAAACAGCCAGCUGCCUCAGGGACAAGAGAGUUUUCUCGUGAUUAUUUUAGUGGACGGUUAUUUUUUUGUUCUAAAUAAAUACUCAGAGAGGGA